CCUCGUAUUGGCUUACUGCCAGGCCGCUCAACUGGCCUUAUACGUGUGUGAGAGCCACUUCCUUGCUUGCAAUAUAAAUGCACGUCUAGGAUGAAUCGAGGACCGACCUGACCUGCGCUGUAAACCACCGUCAUGUCGACCUUUGCCGCCAAGGUGGCUGGGGGGUUACCGCGAGGCGGUGGGGCUCAGCAGCAGCACCAGCAGACCGGAGGUGGGCCCCAGCAGCGCCAUGGUGGAGGCCCCGUUAAGUCCAAUCCAGUUCGGCAAACGGUGGGCUUCAGCGUUCCUGCGAACGCGGAUAGGUUGGGCUUCAUUGGAAAUGUGUUGAUUGGUUACAAGGUGGAGGCGCAGGUGGCGAGUGGAGUGGUUUAUGAGGGUGUCUUUGGUUCUUUGUCUUCUGACAGCACAGGAGUUUCAAUUGUGCUAAAGUUUGCCAAAAUCAUUAAAGAUCCCAAGGCGCCAGCGUCGGACCGGACAUCGUUGGCGGAGAAGCCAGUGCCAGUCUUGACCAUUUCGGCGGGGGACCUGGUUCAGCUUUUUGCCAAGGACGUGCGCUUAAGCCCGGAGGAUCUAUCGGGCGCAGAUCGCAGCGACGUAGGCUUUGAGACGGAUGCAGCCAUCUCCCGGGGCCGCGGCGGGGGCGUUCGUGAGUUGCAACGUUGGCAGCCGGACGAGGGCGAGGACUCAGGCUUUUUCAGCCUGGAGUCCACCGGCAAUAGCUCGGGCUGGGACCAGUUCGCAGUCAACCGAGAUCGGUUUGGCGUGCAGACGACGUGGAACGAGCACUUCUACACAACGAAGAUUAAGCGUGACGAAUGCCGCAUUACGGAAGCGGAAGCAGAACGCAUAGCCCGCGAAAUUGAGACGGGCGUUCCCGGAAACACAACCAACAUCCACCUCUUGGAAGAGCGCGGUGGAGAGCUGGCCCCCGAUGUCGACGAGGAGGCGCUGUACGGCGCCGUCAUUCGCGAGCCCCAGCAGACGGCUGCCGUGCCGGUGUACCAGCCCCCUCCGCAGCAGCAGCACCGGCAGCAGCACCGCUCGCGGGGGCCCCAGCCGUCCGCAGCGGACCGGGCUGUGGCAUGGGGCCGCGCUGGGUCGGGUGUGGCAGCUGUGGCGGGCGGCCUGACGGCGGCCCAGCAGCAGCACCCGCAGCAGCAGCAUGCAGCUGCUGGGGGUUCGUCGGCUGCUACCGCGGCCAAGCCCGGCUCCAUGCCGGUCCCGGUGCCCGGCUCGACCCCCGCCGCGGCGGCAUCGGGUCCCAUCUCGCUGGGCGGCGGAGUGGCUGCCGUGGCGGCAGCAGCGGAGGGCGGCAGCGGCAGCGCGGGCAGCAGCAGCACUGCGCCCAUUGACAUCGACCCGCGCAGGGAGGUCAACAAGGUCCGCAGCUCGCUCACCGUGGGGCCCAAGAAGGACCGCAGCUCCCCGUACGGCACCCCCAAGCUGGGCGGCAUGUCCCGCUCGCCCGUGUACGUCAGCCCACUGGUGGCGGACCCCAUGUCCUUCUCGGCACUGGAUCUGGAUCCGGGGGCGCCGCAGGUUCGUCUGGAUCCGGAGGCUCAAGCAGAGUUCCUGCGCUUCAAGGAGGAGAUGAACAAGAAACGGUCGGGACAAAUGGGGGCCGAGGCCGCACUGGCGGACCUCAAGAAGGCCUCAUCCAGCUUCAAGGACCGCUCGGGGCCGCCAGCAGCCGCCGCAGCCCCCGGUGCCCCGGCAGCCGGCCCCACCGCUGCCGCAGCAAACGGAACUGCGGCCGCCCCAGUUCCCCCCGCUGCUGCCGCGGACGCCCCAGCUAAGGCUGCAGCCCCCGCAGAUGGCGCACCUGCAGCAGCAACCGCAGUGGCGGCAGCGGCGGCACCUACUGCUGCUGCUGCCGCCGCAGCCAACGGCGAAGAUGCGAAGCCCAAGACGCUGUCCAAGCUGAACCCCAACGCCAAGCCCUUCUCACUCAACAUCAACGCCAAGGAGUUCGUCCCCUCCUUCGCGCCCAAGACCGCGGUGCCCGCACCUGCUGCUGCGCCCCCUGCGCCGCCGGCCCCGGCACCCGCUGCUGCUGCAGCAGCGGCCCCGGCAGCGGCCACCCCUGCCACCACCACAGCAGCCCCCGCUAGCGCCCCGGUUGCCGCGGCAGCCCCUUCGCCUGCCGCCACCGCCGCCGCGGUGCCUGCCGCCGCCCACAUCGCAGCGGCUAACCCCAAUGCGGCCGCCGCCCCUCCCGCCGCCGCAGCGGCUGCAGCCCAGGCGGCCGCCACCGCCAUUGCCAGCGGGCAGCCCAGCUACCUCACCGUGCCGGGCUCCGGCGGCCCCUCCCACGGCAUCACAGUGACCUACCACCACAGCAGCGCCAACCACGGGCACGGCCACGGGCCGCAGCAGGGGCUGCAUGGGGGGCAGCACGGGCCGCAGCAGCAGCUGGGCGGGCACCAGUACAUCCACCAUGCAGGAGGAGGGCAGGGCGGCGGCAUGCACGGGGGCGGAGGACACGGAGGAGGCCAUGGAGGCGUGCACCAUGAGCGCGGGGGCUACGGGUCGGGCGCCCAGGGACCCAUGGGUCGGGAGAUGCGCGAGCACAGCGGCGCCUACCACCGCGGUGGCGGCAUGGGCGAGGGCGGCGGCGGUGGCGGCUACCGCGGGGGCGGUGUGGACUCCUUCCGCGGGGGCGCCGGGUCCGCCUCCGGCGACGGUUACCACCACCACCACGCGCAGCACCAGCAGCACCACCACCACCACAAGGCGGCUGCCGGCGGCCCCAACGAGCACCACGGCGGCGGCAAGGGCGCCGACAACCACGGAGGUGCCGGCGGGGGGCUGCACAAGGUCCCGCCGCCGCCCCCGCAAGGCCCCAUGACGGCGGAGGGCCCCAUGGGCACCAUGAUCAUGAACGGGGUGGCUCCCACCGCCAUGACGCCCCACGGUAUCGUGCCCAUGACCCCCGCCAUGGCCGCCGGCAUGUCCACCAUGGGCGCGGUGCCGUACGGUGUGGUGAUGGCCCCGCCGGGCGGCUACAUGACCUCCGCCAUGCCCCCCACGGCGGUGGGGAUCGCCUCCACGGCGGGAGGCCCCGUACCCAUCAUGGCGUAUGCCGUACGCCCCGCAGGCGGGGGCCCGGCAAUGGCCAUGGCGGCUCCAGGCAUGGCCAUGAUGGGCGCCCCGGGUAUGGCGACACCGUACGGCACCGCAGUGGGGCCGUACAUGACCGCCCCGCCGGGCUCCAUGCCGCCGCCCAGUCCCACGGGUCGGCCGCACUCCACUGGGUUCUUCCAGCCGGCGGGCGGCUACCCCAUGAUCGCCACCGCGCACCACGGCGGCCCGCACGGCCACCCGGGCGGCCCCAUGGGGGCGCAUCACAUGAUGCAGGGCCCGGGACAUGCGCACGGACAUGGACACGGACACGGACCCAUGGGGGGUGGGCUGCAUCACAUGCAGGACGGGCGGGGCCCGGGCGGCGGCAUGGGGCCGGGCGGGCCCAAGGGAGGCGGCCGGGGGCACCGCCCGCCGAGGAUGGACCAUGACCGGUCGGGGCCGCGUGACAUGGAUUGAGAGGAGGAGUCGUAGGUACUGGUGCGCCGGUUCUAGUCGGCUGGGAGGUGUCGGGAGUGGUUUAGGAGGCACAAGUAAAAGGGCGAAGAGAAGAGGUUGGUACGAGCGCUUUUGCUGCUCUGCGGCGGCAUGUGGGGACGGCUGUGCUGGGGUUGGAGGAGUCUCCUGGAAGUGACCAGGGGGGACGUUAGAGAAGCAACUUGAAGAUUAGGACUAAGAGGUAUCUAAGGAGCGGGGCAUCUUAGCGAGGCGGCAUGGGGUUUCCUUUGCUGCCCUCUCCUAGCGUAGAAGGAUGAAGGGGAAGAAGAGCGCGGAAGAAGAGUGGUUGCGGGCGACGGGUUGAUUUGCGGGCGGAGGCGGAGGAGCAUGUGUGACAUGUGGAGGCAGGGCGGGACGCAAAGAAGGCGUGGAGACAUGGGACCAGGCUUCUGGCGGUAUCCGAGGAGUCGUGCUCCUUGUUCGGUCAGGUACAGCCCACGGUUGUCGUGUCUUAUGGCAUGUUGGCUUGGUGUUGGCUGUCGCUAUUUGGUCUGAAAGGUGAGGGCGGCGAGGUGAGGGCAGCAGCCCCAGCGGAGGCGGAUGGCCAGACAGCUCUGCUGGAGACGGCAGGGGGAGGUUCGACGACCGCAGGUGGGAGGUUUAACGUGCGCUUGGGUAACGGUAAAGCCCUGGUGUGGCCAAAGCUCACCGGGCUGGCAGAAGGGCGACGAGUCUCGGGACAGUUGAACUUGCGUACGUCGGUUGUGUAUCAUAUUUGGUAAGCUCCC